CAAAGUGCAAAUCCCUUUCAACAGUGCCGAAUCGACCCAUUUCCCGUACGGUUUGAAACAUUUUCGUUGGUAAUUUACGAUAUUCUCAGAUGUACAUAGAUAUUCUUGUUCCGUCAAACCUUACAUAAACGUCAUUGCAAUCAGUAGGCUCCAUUCUCAUUCUCUCACAUCAGUGUUUGUAGAAUCUCGUCCAACUUCUUGUCCGUUUCCGAGCGACUCCAGUUGGAGAAUUAUUGAAUAGUGAAAAUGGCUGCUUCGGGAAUGGUGCGACUGUUUUCUCGGGUUAAACUUGAUGGCCGAAACGUUGGCGUUCGCUUCGCUAGCUACGAGUCGACUCGCAAAAAUUUGAAACUCAACGCCAACUCUAAAGUGAUCUGCCAAGGAUUCACCGGCAAACAGGGUACAUUCCAUUCCCAGCAGGCCAUCGAGUAUGGAACCAAACUGGUUGGCGGAGUUUCACCCGGAAAGGGCGGUAAAACGCACCUCGAUCUGCCCGUGUUCAACUCGGUCAAGGAGGCAAAACAAGCUACGGGAGCGGACGCCACCGUGAUUUACGUCCCUCCGCCCGGGGCUGCCAAAGCGAUUCUUGAGGCAAUCGAAGCCGAAAUGCCACUGAUUGUCUGCAUCACCGAAGGCGUUCCGCAGCACGACAUGGUGAAAGUAAAGCAUGCCCUGCUGGCCCAGGAAAAGUCCCGGCUGGUUGGACCUAACUGUCCCGGAAUCAUAGCGCCAGAGCAGUGUAAAAUUGGCAUCAUGCCAGGUCAUAUUCAUAAGCGUGGAAAGAUUGGUGUCGUUUCUCGUUCCGGCACUCUUACGUACGAAGCAGUGCACCAAACUACCGAAGUUAACUUGGGUCAAACUCUGUGCGUUGGUAUCGGCGGAGAUCCUUUCAACGGCACCGACUUUAUUGACUGCCUCGAGGUGUUCCUCAAGGAUCCGGAAACAAAAGGAAUCAUUCUGAUCGGAGAAAUCGGCGGUGUGGCCGAGGAAAAGGCUGCCGAUUAUUUGAUGCAAUACAACCAGGGUAUCAAGGCAAAACCCGUGGUUUCAUUCAUCGCCGGAUUGUCCGCACCGCCCGGUCGACGUAUGGGACAUGCCGGUGCCAUUAUUUCGGGCGGCAAAGGAGGCGCUCAGGAUAAAAUCAACGCGCUUGAAAAAUCCGGAGUGAUUGUGACCAGAAGUCCAGCCCAGAUGGGCAAAGAAUUGUACAAGGAAAUGAAGAGAUUGGAGCUGGUCUAAAGACAAAUGAUGAAUGGAAACCAUUGCUAACGUUUACAAAUCAUUGCUAUCCACGUAGCAACAGUUUUGCCAAUGUUUCUUUGCGUUAUCAUUUGUCCACGGUGAAACUAUGUUUUCAUUAAAAAAAAAUAAAAACUAAAUUAUUUUGUUAUAUUCAAUGUUAAAUUCACUUCGUUGCAAAAUCAAUUAUUUCAGCAUUUUUCUACUGGUUUUUGAACUCAAAAUUAAUUUACAUUCAUCAUUCAUAGUAAUACCUACGAUAACUACAACAGAAAAGUACAGUUAUGAAUAAAGAUAUACGAAAGAUCAACAAA